UGGCUGCCGGAUUAAAAUUCUUUUGUUUACAUUUUUGUUUACUUUUGCCCAACAAUAGAAGCUGUACGAAUACCAGCAACACACCGAUGCACCAGUUUCCUGUAAAUCCAACAGUGAGAACCCAAUGGGUGAAAUUCGUGCAGCGGCACCGAGUUGAUUUCGGCGAACCUGUUGCCAAACAUGCCUCGUUGUGUUCGGCUCACUUUGAGCAAAGUUGUUACGAGGGCAGCUUGGCAUUUUCGCUGGACGGUAUGACGCAGAUAAAACGGAACAAAGUUCUUAUCAAGGGCUCUGUUCCAACAAGACAUGCAGUUCUACCAGAAGGUCCUGAAGUUCUGACAGAUCGCAAAAGGCGACAGCUAAGGCGUGAUGCCUUUGCAGAGUUUCAUGUGUUGGAGGCGAAGAAAAAGAAGGUGGAUGAGGCCAUGGAAGAAUCAAUGAAAGCAGAGCAGGCUAAAGUACAGAUGUCUAUCAGUGACAAUACCCCAAGCAGCAGUCAACCCACUUCAAGACGACCUUACAAUUGCUCAAUAUGCCAAAAACCAUUGCGAAGUCACAAAAGCCCUUGCAAAAAAUAA